AAGUAUCAAUUGAUAUUUGUUUAGAUGGAGAUGCUCUAUUAUCGUCAAGCCUCGUUCGCGUAGAUGAUGAUGCUGGAUAUUUGAAAGUAUCCCUCUACGACAAUGGAACAUGUCCAUCUAAACAUAUAUCAAUUCUAUCUUCAAAAGAUAAGGGUUCAAUGUUGGCAAGUUACAUUGGUUUCCUUGUUCGACAACAUAUUCCGAUUACAUGUGAUAAUUGGAGAAGUCCGGACUUGAAGGUUGGCAAAGAAAAAAUAUGGUCGGAGAUACAGGCUUGUGUCUCAAUAGAGGAUGGGUAUCUACCUAAAGUUACUUUUGUAGUGGUCCAAAAGAGACAUCACACCCGUCUCUUUCCUGUCAACCCCAAAGAGACCGAUAGAAGUGGAAAAAUUAUGCCAGGAACCGUGGUAGACACCAGCAUUUGUCACCCUAGGGAAUUUGAUUUUUACCUUAACAGCCAUGCAGGAAUUCAGGGGACUACUUAUGCUGCCAUCUGUUGUUUUGGUUGAGCCUUAUUUUGUAUGGAUGUGCGAUAGAACUACUAGACAGCUUUUGGAUAUACAGAACAUGUUUGCCACCAUGGGUGGAUGGGCG